UCGUCACCGCUCCCGCGCUCAGCUCGCGAGCCAAUCAGCCCCCUGUCUGCGCGCCACGUCGUCACAGCGACUUGACUCGCCGACCAGCAGACGAGCUCUUCAUCGCUCGCCGCAGCAGCCGCAGCAUCUUCGCGUAGCGCGCCUCAUCCCGUUCUCCAGACGGACUCGCCGACCUGCGCAUGCUUGCCGUCUCCUCUCCCUUCCACCUCGUCUCGCUUUCUCCUUCGCUCCGCGCCGCGUUCCUCACGUCGCCCGGCUCUUCUGCCGCUUCUUCUCGCUGCACGACGCCCAGCUCGCCGGCCGCCGCGCGCAUCUCCUCUCCGCUCGGCACGCCCUCGUCGGCCUGCUCCUCCUACACGACCUCGAGUGCCUCUUGCGGCGAGCUUCUGGGCGAGUACUCCGACCUCGUGGCGCGCUUCAUGAGUUCGAGCAAGACGGCGCCUGCUGCACACCAACCCGACGCGACGUAUGCGCAGUGGCAGGGCGCAUCGUCAUCGCAGCAGCAGCAGCAGCAGCAGCAACAGCAGCAGCAGCAUGACGAGGCCGUCGCAGUGGCAAAUCAGCUCAACGACGUCGCGGUGAGCGCGGCACACGAGCAGCGCCAGCGCCAGGCCAGCCAUGGGUCGUCGGCAUAUUCGAGCUCCAGCACACCGCACACCACGGGUGAAGUCGUACCGCCGAGGGCAGAGGCGGCUGCCAGCGAGGCGGCGCCGGCAGCGACGGCCGAUCGUGAGACACCAUCGCUUUCAUUGCAGCGCUGCGGCUCGGCUCCUAUUCGCUUUCUGGCGCCGGCCUGCUGUUGCACUGCGGGCCGUCCGCACGCCGCCAAGUUGCACUAUGUGCCGAAGUUACCGCCCGGCGUCUUGACGAGUGACCCCUGAGCGGGCCGAGUAUGUGCUGUGCGAGAAGCUUCUCGUCACGAGGUGCUUGUGCUGCGGCGCUGUACACCGUCCGCCACGCCGACGUCGAGCUCGUCGCUGACUACGAUCACCCCUCUCAGACGUUCUCUCCUGCACCGGUU